UUUAAAAGUCGUAUGUAACCGUAAAUUGUAUUCGCGCGAGUCGUGUUGCCGGUACAUAAAAUAUUGUGUAAUACAUAAAUUGUACAAUAAUCACAGAGAAUAUUGUCCUUUACGCUGUAAUGUUCGAACACUUGGCUGCGAGGGGUAGCCUGAGAUACUAAUCGCGAGUAGAAUAUGAAGAUACAUGAUGAUACGUUUUAUUCAGUAGCCUCGAUACAUUUGAAUUGGCAUACACAGAUCUUUUUUUAAUCAUCUUUACGACAUUGUAAACACCAGGGGUAAACACUUAAACGGUCGAAAAGGACGAAUCGGAGAGAGAGGAGAAUGUGUGAUUUGAUAGAUUUAAAUAGUCCGGACGCAAAGAGAUCCUUGGGCCCAUCGAAACUGGCAUCGCCUCUGAUACCGGUGCCCAAAAAUGUCGAAUCCAGUGAUGAAACAAAUUUGUUGGUGAUAACAGAAAAACAAAGUGAGAGCGAAGGUAACAAUCCAUUUGAUAGGGUGUUGCACGAGACCGUUGAAUAUGUCAGCAAGAAGGGUGAUCCCUUUGAGAUGAUGCUACAACGAGCUCUAAAGUCUAAGAAGCAAAGAAACACAGACUUGAGAACGCAAUCUGUGACCUUUGCGGAUGACUUUACUCCAAAAUCUAAAAAGAGACACUUCAAGAUGAUAAACAAGACGUUGGAUGGAUCUUUCUUUGAAGAUAAAUUAAAUAUGUAUAAUGGAAACGAGAAAGUGGAAAUAAAGAAAGAAAUUGAUAGUCUUGAUGUGAGAAACACUGAUGUCUGUGAUAAUGUGACGGUUAAACUUUUAUGUUGUAAAGAUAAUGAUGAAAAUAUUUGUGUAUCUAAACAAAAUGCUAAAAUAGUUGUUACCAGUGCAGAGUCACUGGAGUCAUCAAUUUUAAAUCAGUCUGCAAUGAAUGACGCGUUAUUAGAAACAGUUUCCAAGUCUAAAAAAGAUAAUGAUGAAUUAUUUCUAGAGAAAGAUAUACUGCUUAAAGAAUUUGCUCUUCCAAAUGACAAUAUUAAAUCGCGUUCAUUGUCACAAGGAGCUGGAAGGUCACCAACAAUAUUAUCAUGUUUAAAUAGGAGAUCGCAUUCUGUAACAGAUAAUAAGAAAAUAUCACAAUACGAUUAUAGCAAUAUCCCAUCUGUCCUAGAAAAAGGUUUUUUGGAGAGCAAAUACAAUGAACAAUCUAUAUUUUCCACCUUAUCAAAUGUCUCAUCUAUAACAAAAUUAAGUUCUGUUUCAUCAUCAGUAUUUUCAAUUGAUACUAUGAAUCAUGCUUUCUUGGAUAAUAAUUCAUUAAAAGAGAGUCAAGAAAAGAUAAAUACAACUGAAAAUACUAUGGAAAUGAAAUCAAAACAGUAUGACUUAUCGGAUCUAGCAGACAAACUAGACAAAUUAAAAUGUACUAUGAAUGCAAUAAAUAGUACCUUGAGUAAAAUAGAAGAUAAAUCUAAUAUUAUGAAAGAAAAAAAUGAACAAAUCACAGAUGACAAAUUGAUAGAUGUUGAGGUGUUUUUACCAGAAAAUUCCAGUAAAGAAUAUAAUAAAAGCUCAAAUUCUACUGCUUCUUUGGAUUCUGUAUUUACUGAUACUAAUAAGGUCAAGAAGUCAAUAAUAGAUGAGGCCAAAAUGCUUUCAAAGACUUUUGAGGAAUUAGCAUUAAGAACAGAUUCUGAAUCUAGUGUUGAUGAUUUAAUUUCAAAUAAUACUCUGUGGAUGUCAGAAUUAUUACCAGCAUUUGAAGAUGAUCUUAUAGUAGAUAAUUUAAUUGAAUUACCUACUUCAUCAGAAGAAAACUCGAGAAUCAUUAAAAACACUGAUAAGGAGCAGUCUCUAAGUAACGAUAAUGUAGAUGAGAAUUCUCUAAAGCAAAUUGAGUCACAAUUCACUGACUGUGUAAAGCAGACAGUUGUAACAUCAUUAUUGACAGAUCUCAGAAAAUUAAUUAAAGCAGAAAAUAAUCCAGAAGUCGAUAAAUUACUUGAUAAUUUGGAGAAUGCCUUAGGUUCUAAUUGUAAAAAUAAUACAGAAUUAUUAGUAACUUGUCUCAAUAUAUCAAAUGAGUUACAAAGCCCUCAGAAAAUAUCAUCUGAUAUCGAAAAAUCUAAAGUUACAAAUACAGAUAAGAGUGAAGAAGAAAGCGAAAAAAUAUCAUUCAAAGAAGAGAGCUGCAAUACUGAAACGUUAUCAGAUGGAAAUUGUAAAUUGGAAAAUACAUCACAGACUACAACUAUCAGCAGCGAUAAUUUGUCAGUUAAACCUUCAUCUUAUAAAGAUAAUGAUGAAAAUAAUCUGAAUAUUACAAAUUCAAUUAAAGAAGCAGAUAUAAAUCAUGGUAAAGAUAAUCAGCCAGAUGAAAAACUAGCAGUAGAAUUGCUAAUGAAUCUUGGAAAGCUGUUGAGCGGUCAAGUCGAGGAUGCUACGACAAUGCAGUUACUUAAAUGUAUAGGAAAAGCUUUAAAUGUUGCAUCAAAUAAUUAUAAAAUCGAAAAUGAGACACAAUUGGACAAUAAUAAAAUGCAUAAUAUUCAACAGAUUACACCAAUAAAGGCUUCAAAAUCUGAUCAUGACACACAUUCAUCUACACUUUCAACAAAAGUGAAGCAUAGACGAAGCUAUGAGAAAAAUCCUAAACUACUCGAGAAGACGGCCAGAAGAAGUAUAUCUGCGAUUCAAUUGUCGCCUAAAAAUAUGCAAAUACGUAAAUAUAGAAGUGCAUCCGAAUUUGAAAGUCGCAAGAAACGUUUUUCAAGUGAUCCUGGAUUAGUUGGUAAUUUUGCAAAUCAAAAAAAUAUGAUUCCAGAGGCAUGUAACAUGGAAAAUGCAGAGAUACAGCCUGCCAUUGAGAAAAAGGAGAAAUCUAUUGCUAUAAGCGAUGUUAAAAAUAAGUUAAAGAAAAGAACAAAUAUAAUCAAUAAGAGAGGUCCUAUGAAAGCGGUGCAUCCUGUAGACAAUAUGCAGAAAGGAGCAUUACUCGGAAAACAAACUAUAUCAUCUCAAACUAUUACACCACCUAAAUCCGAUAAAACUACUCCUUCCGGUAAAAUAAUCAGCAGCACUCCUAAUUCAUUGGACAAUAAAUAUAACAUGGCUAAGAAAUCUGCGAGAUCCAAGCCGAUGGCUUCAUCAACUCCGGAUGGUCAAAACAGCAAGGCUUCAAGUGCGCAAUUGACGUCCGCUAAUAAAAAACGUAACUUUUCUUGUGAUAUUUCGCCAGUGACUGCAUAUAUCAACACAAGUGGCAGUGAUGAGCGGAAAGACAUUAGUCCCAAAAGAUCGAAACUGCCAACUCCGAAGAAAUGUACAACACCUAAAAUGGACGCGUUUGGUAUUCCAAAGUUUUUAACACCACCAAAACACAAUUCAUCGUUCAAUGUAAACUAUCAGCGUUCUCCACAACGUUUAAAUAGAAGUUUAAUAGAACGUCGGCGAUAUUCUCCUGUCUAUCAGAAAAAGAGUGCCGAAAAAGCACAACAAAGCCCGUUGAAAGAAAAUAGAAUCACUGCAAAAGUGAAGCCGUUUAAUUUGAUUUCUAAACUUAAACAGCACAGUACCAGCAGUUGCAUCGACAAGGAAAACAAUUAUACUUAGAAUGUGAUACAAUGUGAAAAUUGAAAACGAUUAUAUUUUCCCUGUAAUGAUAUUAAUCAGAGAUUCCUAGAGAAAUCAUGGUUAAAAAAGAUGCAGUUUUUUUUCGUAUAUA